AAUACGGCAAAAUAUUUGUACAAACAACGAUCACAAAAUUUGUUAGGUUAAUAAUCUAUUUGGAAAAUAUGAAAUACUCCGUUUUAGGAUUUCUAAUUGUCCUCUUAAAUUUAAUUGCCAUCGAAGUACAAGGCCAGGGUUACGAGGACAGAAGAUGCAGAUGCGUGUGUCCGAGUUUGUCGUCGGUCACAAAUAAAACUAACGAUCCUCAACAUACGGUUCUGGUUAAAAAAGUGUCGAGCGUUCCACCAAAUAAAUGCACUUGCGAAGACAUAAUCCUUCCAAUAUACAAAGACAAAAUUACUGGAAAGGAGCAGGAGUAUUGUCCACGUUGUGAAUGCAAAUACGAACACAGGAAUCAGACAAUCAUACAAGUUGUGGUCAUUAUUGUUAUCUGGGUGAUUUCCAUUUUGGUUAUUUAUAUGGCGUUCCUCAUUAUUUUAGAUCCGUUACUUAAUAAAAGAAUCAAAGGAAGUUAUCAGGAACAUACCAAUGAAGAUGAUGAUUCCACUGCAGGCCCAAUGUCACAUAACAUGAGUGUGAGGGGCAACGUUCUCAAUAGAGUCGGUCAUCAACAGGAUAAAUGGAAAAGACAAGUGAAGGAACAAAGAAGGAAUAUUUAUGACCGUCAUACUAUGCUUAAUUAAUCCAAGUAAUUUUAAUGACUGCAUUAUUAUACUGUUUUUAGUGAUAGAAGUG